AUAAAGUAAUAAACCAAGUACACAGCCUUCACCGUCUAAACAGGAGAGAAGCACUAGAAGGAAGGAAAAACCCAACACAGCAAGAAAAGCUAUUAAGAAGAAACCAACCGCACAAGAAAACCCAAUUCGCCAAUUUGUUCUUGUAGUUCUUCUCUCAAUCUUCUAGCAAUGGCCAAAUUCUUCACUUCUGCUACACUUCUCUCGAUCUGUGCGAUCAUGAUCCUGAUGACCACACCAUCCUUCGUUGAUGCGACGGCGGACCAUAAUAUUGGAUGGAUACCCACCACCACAACAAAGCCAAUCUGCAAGGGCUCCAUUGCAGAGUGCUUGGCAGGGGAAGAGGAGUUCGAGCUGGACUCAGAGAUCAACAGGCGCAUUCUAGCAACAAGCAACUACAUCAGCUAUGGUGCGCUACAGAGGAACACUAUCCCCUGCUCCCGCCGUGGUGCCUCCUACUAUAAUUGCCAGUCCGGAGCUCAGGCCAACCCUUAUAAUCGCGGCUGCAGUGCCAUUACAAGGUGCAGAGGCUGAUUUUAAUUUAUUUUUCCACUUUUUUUUUCUCGCUGGAGAUGGGUUUGAUUGUUAUACGGAAUAAAGAGAGGGGGAUGGAAGAUUGGUGUUGGUGGGUAUUUGCUGCUGUUUAUUGAGAUAUGAAUUUCCAUAAUUGUAUUUGGAUUUCUUUGUAUAAUCUUGUUGUUUACUGUCUGUACCUCUUUUUUCCCUCAUAAAUUGUCUCUAAAAUGUUCACCUUUAAUUUCCAAGCUAAUGAUUCUCACUCUGGAAAGAAAGGUAGAUCUGUUCUUUAGGUUUGUGCACAUAAUUUAUUAUUUCUCCUUAUUGUAAACCAUUUUAAUGAUUCUACAUUUGUCCUUAUUAUUCAUCUU